UAAGGAGAAGAAACGGCGAAGAAAGCUAGAAGUGAUCGCAGGUUCGCGCUCUCGGUUCGGCUCGACUCGCCACGCCUCGCCUCGUGCAUAGUCAGUAAAGUGAAGUAUGAACGACCUCGAAAUUGAAAUUUUGUGCCAACUACGGCCGCUCCUUUAGAUUACGCCACAUUACGUCCAUUGGAAGAGCCCAGCGGUGAUCAAUGAUCGUGUCUUCGUUAGGCUUCAAUAAGCGCCGCCGUUUUGAAAGUUUUUUCCUUUCCCUUGGCCGGCCCUGCAUGGAAGCAGCUUUGCUACCGCAGUGAAAUUGUGAAAAACGCAGAUUGACUUCGAUAACCGCUUUUCCACGGCUGCGUGUUGCUUCGUUCGGUGCGCAAUAUCCGAUGUGAGGUAUAGUUUUGAAUCUAGAGCAGCCGCACGCAACGCGACCCUGAGACGUCAACGCGUCCCCGAUCCCAGCAGACAGACAAUCGUGCGGUGUCCAAGCAUUAGAAACUGGUGCUCAGAAAAAUUAAUUUAAAUCCGUGCCUAAGCCUCACUUUCCAAACAGCCGUGAUCCAAACACGAACCCUCGAGUGAAAUUGAAAACAAUCCGUCGUUUAAUCCUCCGCUCGAAAGUGAAACCCUGUACCUGUCACCAUGGUACAAACCACCCAUUGACAGAACCCUUCACUGGCCCAAGCAAUUGGUAAACUUGAUGCAGAUGCAAAGUGUCAACGGUACCCCUGUGCCGCCCAGCCUGGUGUCCGCCAUGGCACCCUUACCGGAUCCCGGCGCGCUCCAGACCUUGAUUCCGAACGGUACGUCGAAUGGUGGCUCCUCGCCCCAGUCUCCCCAGCAGCAAAGUCAUCCACAGCCUCAACAUCACACCAACGGAGGAGGAGGAGGCGGACUGUGGGACAUUCCCACCGGAAAUGGAAUCAUGGGGGGCGGCAGUGGAGCACCGUCUCUGUCGUCACUGUCCCGGCUUAACAGUAUGGAAUGCUGGGAUUACACCAUCGAGCUGGAGUGUCUACGGGGACCCGAAGAUCUACAGUUGGCAGCGGAGCUCGGGAAAACUUUACUGGAGCGGAACAAGGAACUGGAAAUUUCACUGAAACAACAUCAGAACGUCAUCGAGGACCAGGCACAAGAAAUUGAGUACCUGACGAAGCAAAAUGGCGCCCUGCGAGAGGUCAACGAUUCUCGGAUGAAGAUCUACGAGCAGCUCGAAGUCAGCAUACAGGACCUUGAGCGGGACAAGUACAAGUUAGCGUUAGAGAACCAAGCUGACAAAAAGCAUGUUAAAACCCUGUGUCGCAAUAUUGAAACUUUGGAAGCGAAAGUUGAUGAACUGAACAAAACACUAGACGAUUUUCGGCACCAGCUGGAAUCGGAACGGAAGAAAAACGAUCGAUUGCGAAGCGACGGCGCCGAAAAUGGCGGAAAAAGUGCCAAGGAACUGGUCCUGCUGCAACCAGUCAACUACGAUGGAGACGACGGAAAUGGUAGCGGACCGGACGAGGAUGAGAUCACCGAAAUCGACACGUCGAAGCCGGAGAACUUUUCCUUUGCCUUCCGGGAUAUGUCGCACUCGACAGACGUGACCGAUUGUAGCCAUACCGGGAACAGUUCCGCACAGCUUCAAGUGCCCAACCAUCACAGCCAACAGCAGCAACACAUGACCGACCUGAAUCUGAGCGAAGAGAACGAAGAACUGAUGCGGAUAAUGCAGGAACUGGAAAAAACUCGCAAAUGUUUAAUCGCAGAGCAGAACCGCGUCGCGGAACUGGAGGAACAGCUGGCUGCCAUCGCGCAGGAAAAUCAAAUCCUGCAGAGUAAAAUAGUGCAAAUCAACGCACCUGAAGAGAUGAAAUCCGUCCACGAAGAACUCUCGAUCCUAGAGGAAGUCCGACAAGGCCAGAUGUGCACCCGCUGCCUGCGUGGUUUCGAAGACCGGGCAGACGAUGAUUCCAUCAUCACCGGCACCGAGGACGACGACCGCAGCCUGAUGGAUCUGAUACAGAAUGCAGACGCGCCGCAAGUUUACCGAUCUUCGGUGACGAUCAAGACUUCUUCUCCUAAGCCAGAUACCCUGGAUCUGUCGAACGCUAGCACAAACAAUCCGUACCGGGAGUUGGUGGAGAAAUAUGAAGCGCUGCUGGAGGUCCAGAGGAAUUCCCUGAUGCGCAAGCCCGGCGGCACGGGUGGAUCGCCACCGCAAGGGACGCAGCCGCAGCACGCUGUCGGCCAGCAGCAGCAGCAGCAGCAGGAUGGUGCUUCACAGCCAUUGACGCAACCAUCACUGCACGACGAGCUCGGAUCGGGAGACUUCAGCUCGCUGAACACGAAGUUUACCGACGAAGAUGGUAGCAAGAAAGACGACCAGAGUAGCAACGGAACCCGUCGUAAGAUUGGGCUGCGUACUCCGACGGACUUUUCCGAAGCGGAAACCACCAGCUCUGGUUUUUCGGACGAGAUCAGUAACAAAGCCACCCAAACGGAUGAGCGUCCGAGGAACUUCCUGUGCACAAUCGCCGACGGAGAGGACUGCAAGUUUAGCAUCUACGAGGACCAAACCGUUAUAGACUCGCGCUUCCGAUUCAGUCCAACCCAUCGGGAGCUCUUCCGUGAGAUAUUCGGUAUUCUAAAGAAAGCCGCCGAUAAUCGGGAUGAAGGUGAACAGUUGCCUCUGUUAGAUGAUCAAAAUCCGCCAGCAGUCGCCAAAUCAUCAGCAACUGCUCCAAAGGUUCCGCCGGUUACACCGGCCAACGAGGAACCGCCCAGCGAGUUCGGUGACGAUACUCAAAGCAUAAUUUCCUCGGCCGUCUCCGAGCAGUCGUUUGCCAUGUCCGAAUGCAUUACACGUUCCGAACGAAAGAAAAUCGAAAAGCAAGCAAAGUAUGCCGAAAAACACAGCGGCGAGCAAGAGAACAAACCACCCAUCGGAGUCGCCGCGUUGCCCGAUGGUCGUAUCCUGACUCCAUACAAACGCCAACCCUUGGAAUAUCUCACAGUCGCCGUUGGAGUCAAUAAGAAAAAGUCUCGCCGCCGUCGCAACCGAGGAUCAUCCGGAACCGAUGCCGUAGAUCGAUCAGAUUCUCCAAUCGCACUUCCAUCGCCGGCCCGAGUUUUGACCAGCAGCGGCAAAAAGGGUCGCACAUCGUACCGUCCCUGGAAUCCAAACACCGUCGGCAGCAGCCCAUCUGGAAGCUCUCCUUCAACCACUACAGCCAACAUGAUGAAUCCAGAAUGGAACGGCAACUCCAUGACCAUCUACAAUCGUGGCAUCAACUCACCAACACCCUCGUCCUCCUCUGCAACCACUACCAACCGUACCCCAACCAGCGCCGGUCAGAACGCAGCCGUUUGGAAGUCCGCUUCCAUCACGCCAUCGAGUGCAACCGGAAAUCGUACCAUCAACAGCAGCACCAACCGUUACUCGGACCUAGCGGAUGAAAGUGGCGAGGUGGUAGAGUUCAAGCCAUCGUCGGCCAGUCACGACUUGCACAAACUCAAAAAGUUGGACCUAUCGUACGCGGAAGUUCUACGCCGGGCUGAUCACUGCAAGCAUCACAAUCAACGCCGCUCGCAUCACCACAACAACCAAAAGUAAGAUCCCUAAGAAGAUGGCUGAUGACCCAGCCUGAACGCAGCGCCGCUUGCAUGUAAAUUUUAAUUCCUGUCCUAAAAUUGUGUUGUUUUGUAUAACCGGACGAAAAGUUGCAUGUAAUUUUAACUUGCUGGACCACAACCUACGGAAUAAUGGGGUAAAACGAAAGAUUUAAUCGUAACCUUAAGCAACAAAUCAAAAUGUAAACAUUUGUACCAACUAAUCAACAUCCAAUCAAGCAUACUUUUCAAAAGCAAACCGAGGCAAACGUAAAAUCAGUAUUAGAGGAAUUAAGCAUACCCUGAAAAAGGAAUAAAUAUUUCGAUCCAUUUAGAAGAGAGUUGCUUGUUUUCUAACCUUUCGUAACGUAACGGAGCAGCAGGAGUCAGCAUCGCGAGAGAUAAAGCCAUAUUUGUUGAAUUUGUUUACCUAAAUACCCACACUUCUGUGCGCAAAGUGUCUUAGUAGAAGGGUACGGGUGAUGUCAAAACCUGUCCCGAAAAUUAUUUAUUUAAGGCCGCGAGCCGUACGUUUUCGUUCUUUAUUUCUGUUAGCAGCCGAACUUAUUUAGCGAAUGUUAUUCUAUUUAGCUUAGAGGUUUUCCGAGUUUUCUGUAUAAAGCUUUCUUUCGUCGCAUACUUUUUGACGCUUUGUUUAAUGUUCUACUAUCCAUGUUUUAUCAGUUAGGUGUAGUGUAGUAGAGACACACUGUGUCUUUCUUCGAUUAGAAUCGAUUGCGGCGUUCCAUGCGCGGGAAAUUGUUCUCAAAUUGUAAGAUGGUUUGACGAAUUCAAGGCACCGAAGGAAUGAUUAAAAAUUUUACCGUAAUUCAUUUUAAUUAAGCCACAGGAAAAUAUUACAUUCACAUAAGUCAUUUAUUCUUCACACGCAAAAACACAAACUGCAAAAAAACUGUAAUUAAACUGUCGAGAAUUAAACGUAAAAAACUAAUUACAAGUUCAAGCAGCUCUGCACCUUCUGCGUAUUAUAUAACAAGUUCAAAGUUUGCCAAUUUGUUUAUCAAUCAAAGAAAGCUCAAUGUAUGUAUCGAUAUGAACAACACGUAAAACAAACAAAAAAAACUUUCCAGCCGAGAGUGAAAACCCUAAAAACGUAAACCAGAAAGCGUAAGACCGUUGUGACAUUUACCAAAAUACUCCUCCCCCCACGUUCCAGGAGCGAUUAAACAAACGAACGAACGGAAAGCCGGGCAUAUUGAAAUUGAUUACAGUGAAAAUGAAGACGUUGCGGCAGUCGCUAAGAAAACCCCUUAUUCCUAGCACGAUCUAGCCCGCAGUCAUGCCCGAGCGAAAGGUGACGAUGAAUUGUAAACAAGUAAAAACCACAAGGGAAUAAUAUUGUAUAACUCUUUACUAGUAAUAGAGGCU